AAAUGGAUACGCGAGUCGACUCGCUGCGGAGGAAUAUUGACUUCUUACAAAAGCAGCACAGGGAAACUCUGGAGAAAUUACAUGGUGAAAUAGAUAGUUUAAAACGGCAAAACAAAGAUUUGCAGUAUAAGCUGAUAAUGGAGCCUCCAAAGUUGAGCAGUAAAGGAUCCAGCCGUAUCCAGAGGCGUCACACAGAAAGCAACAAAUUUCAGAGAGACAGAAAUAACUAUCUGGAGCAAACUUUGGAGGACACCUACUCAUCACAAAGCACAGAGAUCAGCAGUUCUUUAAACUAUAGAGAAACUAGAUCAAAUUCUUCCGAGACCCUCGCAGCAGACAGAAUAGAAGGCCCUUCAGAAGCCAGAGCAGGAUUCAUCACUUCUCUUCAGCCUCUAAUGAUCCAGUGUAGUCCAUUUCAGGCCCCUCGACCUCCCACCCUACAGGAAUGUGAGGUCAUCAUACGCCAACUGUACAGCGCUAAUAGCCUGCAGUCCCAGGAGAUCCUACGUGUGAAGGCUGUUCUCAAAGACAUUGUUUUCAACAAGAAAAUCUCUGCAGAGAAUUACAUUUUGACCAAGGCUUUUCUUGCAGAUGGUAAAAGAGCUGAAGAUUCAGAGACAUUUCCUCAGAUUUCUUUCCAAACCCUGCCUAGAGGACUACCCGUGUCUCAGGCUAGUAAAGCAGAGAAAGUGAUCCUCCCUGCCCUCAAACAGACCCUCAACAACAACAUAGCAGACAGACAGAGGAGAACUCUGGCUGUGCAGAGACGUCGUCUACAGAGGACUAUGCGCUGAAGGAC